AUGGACUCUGACUCUGGCUCCAUUUGCAGCCGUUCCUCAUCCCCAGACCUGGUGGUGGAUGACUCUGCUGGGAGCUUCUUCUCCAACAAGAUGUUCCAGACAUACUGCCAAGAAAACAGAGCAGACAGCGAGGCCGGCCAGGCCAGGGUGGAGCGCUGCAGCGGGGGCGGUAAGACCAAAAACAGGUCUGAGCUCAGCAAGGAUGAGGUGCAAGAUCUGAGACUGAAAGUGAACAGCCGGGAGAGGAAAAGGAUGCACGAUCUGAACCAGGCCAUGGACGGACUAAGAGAGGUCAUGCCCUACGCUCACGGGCCUUCAGUCCGCAAACUGUCAAAAAUCUCCACGCUGCUGUUAGCUCGCAACUACAUCCUUAUGUUGUCCAGCUCUUUGGAGGAGAUGAAGAAACUGGUGGGAGAUGUGUAUGGAGGCAGUGCUGCUCAGAGUCGCACCGCUGCUCACCCUGCUAUCACCCCUGCUGCACCAACAGCCCACCUCCCUCUGCACCCUUUGGCCCAGUCUCUGCACUCUCUUGUGGCCAGCACGCCCUCAGCUCUCCAGCAUCACUCGCCUUCUCCUGCUGCAGCCCCGGCCCCGCACUCCCCUCCGUCCGCCAGCUUCCUGGGAUUUCACACUCCAGUCCAGGGCCUUCUGAAGGACCCCCUCCACCUGGCCGGCUCCUACAGGCACUUCCCCGGCAUGCCCUGUCCCUGCUCACUUUGCCAACCUCUGCCCACCACUACCUCCACAUUACAUAGCCUGUCGAUGAGCAAGUGA